AUGUUGACAUUCUGGCGCGCCAUCAUCUUCUUUCUUCUCGUAGGGACCGCCUUCGGCCUUCCACCCUUCUAUGCACCCGUGCUGCGGAUCAUCCCGAGGAAGCAGAGGGGUCAUCCAAACACCGCCGGCUCGCAAAACGAAAAGUUCCACAACUGCAAUCUGUACAAGUACGAGGUCGCCCAUGGGGCGAGUCCAGGUCGCGACAAAGGGCUGAAGGAGGACUGCUGCAAAGUAGCUGGUUUCAAGCCGCCUAAAGGCUCGAAGAUCCGCUGCGUCUAG